AUGGGGAUUUUUUCAAGACGUGUGAAUAAAGACGACCUACGUCCUGAGCAGAAAUGGGACUUUAUUAGUCUCAAUGAUUUUAAAUCCACAUCCUGUCUCACUCCUUUCGCAUAUGCAUAUCUUUGGAUUUCCUUGGUUAUAUCUACCGCCGUUUAUGGUGUAGAUACUUUUACCGCUGUUAACCUUUUAGCUUUCAAUCGGUGGUCUGGUGAAAUCCAACCAAUUAUUCCUCUCAAUGUUUCGAAAUGGAUCUUUUCUGGAUGUAUCAUUGCUUCCUGGGUUAAUAUUGGAUUCGAACAUUUACGAGCGUGGAGAGUUAUGCGACGAGGAGCUGUUGCCGAAAGUUAUUUGGACAAUCUUGCUGUGCGACUUGAAAGUAUUAAAAUGGGACAAACUGGUCGAGGUUGGAGAAGAUUCUUGGUCUUUGCCGAAUUGACAAAGUCCAAAAAGGGUACCGAAUAUGUUGCGCUAUUUACAUAUUUCGCUUUUCAAUCUUGGAUUCGUGUUGUAUUCUGUCAAGGACCUCGUCAAGUCAUCAACGCAUUAACUCUGUACUCAGUGUUCCAUGCAAAACUCGAUCCUACUGAAUCCAAUGAUGUUGGAGAUGCCCUCUUAACGUUUUUCAAGAAGGUUGGAAUCCUUGCAGAACAAGAACAUCAACAAGCAGUGAUCUUGUCUGGUAUGAUCUUCACACUUGUCAUUUGGAUCUUUUCCGCACUAAGUCUUAUCCUCGCAAUUUUGUUCUAUCUACUGUUCUUAUGGCAUUAUAUUCCAAAUCACGAUGGUGGACUUACAGGCUAUUGCGAGCGAAAGAUUAAUGAACGUUUGACAAAGAUUGUUAGUGCCAAGGUCAACAAGGCUAUCGAGGAAGAGGAAAGAAAACGAACCAAAGCAGAACAAAAGGCAGUAAAGAAAGGAGAGAAAGUUUCUGGACGUCAAGCUACUAUUCCAGCACUUUUCGAUUCGAAAGAAGAUGAUAAACUUCCGGAUAUGCCUGUGCUCAAUAGAGCAGAUACAAUGACAACCCUACCACAAUAUACAUCACGACCAGGUACCCCAAGUAGUAAUCUUCCACAAACAGCCAGUUUCGAACUUGAGAAAUUGGACCAAAAACGACUAUUACCUGGACGAUCUGUCACAGGGUCAAGUUAUGCUUCAAAUGCUCCCCUUAUGGGUAAUGCAGGUGAAAUGGGAAGAGUACCGGACUUACCAUCACUUGAUACGGAUAUGCCAUUCCCCGCUCCACAAAGAACGAAUACUGGAGGAUCUCAAGGUAGUCAAUGGCAACGUGGUCCACCACAAGGUCCUCCUCAAGGUCCGCCAAGAAUGCCAUCUGCAAUGGGUGAUCGUGGGUUUACAGCCAGUCCAUUUUCUUAUGCUGAUGGACGAAAUACACCUGGAUUUCCUGGACCACAAAGACAAAAUACAAUGGAUUCUUAUGGAAGACCAAUUCCUCGAUCACAUACACCCAUGGGUCCUGGUCCAGCUCCAUCAAUUGGAAGACGUACACCAUUCGAUCCUGCUAUGCAAAAUACCCAAAAUCGUAUGAUGUCUCCAGCAUCAGAAUAUGGAUCAGAAUAUGGAAGACAAACACCAUUCAAUCCAGCACUUCAAAAUCAAGGCCGACCAGCACCAGCUCCAGGGUCAGAAUUUGGAGGACCAAGGCCACCAUUCAAUCUCUAUAAUGAUCAAGGAAGAUCAUCUCCAGCUCCGGGAUCUGAGUUUGGUGGUCCAAGACCACCAUUCAACUAUAAUCAACAAGGACGUUCAUCACCAGCACCUGGACCUGACUUCAGUCGUAGAACACCAUUCGACCCAGCUCUCCAAAACAAUGGACGUUCUUCUCCAGCUCCAUCAAAUAUGGGUCAAGGAUAUGGACAAAAUACACGAAGUCCGCCAUCAACAAAUCCAGCCGGGUAUAAACCAUUCAAUCCCAACUCCAUCAAUCCAACAUUAGCAUCACCAGUCGAACAAGAAGAAGAACACCAGCAUGGUUUCGAUUUUGGUACGGGCACAUCAAAUCCACCUCGAGUUAGAAAUUUAACGGAACCUGUUUCAAGGGCUACGACUACGGGACCAGAACAAAUGAGAUCUCAUGGAAAUCGAAACGAAGAUUAUGGAGAUGAGGAAAUGGGAUCUAUUUCACCUCCUAGAAGAGCUGCUACGGAAGUUGGUGAAUUUAACCCAGAUCCAAGAACGAAUCUAAAUCAAGCUCACCAAAGACAUGGCUCGGAAUCUGGUUCGGGAUUGGGAUCUGCACCAUGGGGAGGUUAUCGAUGA